CAACCAACCCUAUGGUCGAAAAAACUCAGCGACUGGAAUCAUGCUAAUUGGAAUUGGGAGGUAAAGAUGAGCCUUUUGUUUCUCAGACGAACAAGUGAACAAAGAACUCUUUCUUUCUCUUCUUUUCAUCUCUAAGUUUGAUUAACAUACCAUUUCUCUGCUUUCGCUUGUGAAAGAAGGUUUUAAUUUGAACUUAACACACCAUUUCUACAACUUCCUCCGCCGUUACCAAUAGCAGGCGCGCCUCCACUGUGCUGCUUCCAUCAGCCUAGUUAGCGAGCAUUAGUCGCACCUUGGAGACCAUGGGACCUACUGUUGUUAAAUUAGAGCUUCCCUGUCCUUCAACUGUUGGUAACAUUGCCCUCGAUCCUCAGCCAGAUUGGUCCUUUGAUUCUUUAUUGUCUGAGCUCAAUUCAAUCGAACAGAAACUCAAGACUUCCCCUCUAUCGUUUACAAAAACACAACCUCGAAUUAUUUCAACUUCAAAAUGUUUCCAGAGAAGACCUGCAUCAUUUGUAAUGCGAGUUGAUGAGCUGGAGGAUGAGCACCCCCAUAUGCAUUCAACUCUGGUCAAGGCUCAAGGGUUUGCCGCUGGUGAAUCAUAUUUCAGUGACAGUGAUAAUUCUGAAGAUGAAUUGUCUGCCAGCAACCAACUCCAGUUGAUGGAUAAAGUGAGUUUAGCAGAAGGAGAAUUAGCUGAGCUGAUUGAUGAGAAACGCCUUUUUAUUGCGGAUGAUUUGCGGAGCCAAAUUGUUGCACUGGAGAGUCAUCUGAUGAAUGAGAACAAAAAGCUAGCAUCUGCCCUAAUUCAAGUUGAGAAGAAUUUUGAAGGGCGGAGGGAAUUGGACAGGAAGUUGGAUAUGCAAUACCAGCGCAAUGUUGCAGAAGCACUUGAUAAUCACUUAACAGCAGUUCAGCGGAACCAUGAGCACAAAUCUCAGAUAGAAGAGAGAAAAAUCAGAAAUGAUGCAGCAAUUGAAGACGCCAAAAGAAGAGAAAAGGCAAUGCAGGAAGAGAGACUGCGGCAAGAGACUUCCAAGGCAGAAGCAGAGAUGCAGGCUAAAUUGGCUGAGAAAAAGAGAGCUGAAGAAGCAAAAACAGCAGCUUUAGUAGCUGCUGAAAAAGCAGCUAGCACUGCUGCCACUAAGUCCAAAAGUGAAGCUAUCCAGCAGCAGAUGGUCAUGCACCAUUUAGCCAAUAUCACAAAACAAUCUCAGGCUGCAGGAACUGUUAUCAAGGGUGCAGAGAGUGGACUAAACUUAGAGGAAAGAAGAAUAAAUCUGCUGAAGGACAUUGCUGACAAGAACAAGGCACAAGGAUUGGGUUCCACUAAGGAUUAUCUCAGUCACGUAUCAAAAAUCCAGCGAGUGCUCAAACAAAUUACUGGAACGAAAGAAAAUGUCAGAAAAAAAGUUGAGGAAUUAGUCAAAGUUUUCUCUGAUCCAUCUUGCCCACAUACCAUCAGCAUAGCAACAUUUGCAGAGAAGAUGGUUUUCCAAUGUUCUAACCCUAAUCAACUAUGGUUUGCUUAUGCUCAUGUAGCAGUUGUCAUUGCCUCAAAGGUCCCAAUUUCCAUGGAUCUUCUUCUUGCAGAGCUGAAUAGAGUCUGCAUAUUUACUGUACCCAAGUUCAUAAGUUACUCAAAGUUGGCCUUUAAUACAAAAGAAGAUUACUGCAAAGCAAUUGGUUACAAAGAGUUAGAAGGCGGAGUCCUUGAGAGUGAAGAAGAUUUUGUAUCAAGAAUGGAGUUAUGCAUGAAAUUUUACGGAGCUGUUGUUCAAACGGAGAUUGAGGGAGUCGAGAAUAUACAUGGUCUAAAAGAUGGGUGGGCAUGGGUUGCAAGAUUCCUGAAUUCUCUUCCUGCAAAUGUUUACACAGCAUUAGCUUUACAAGCAUUUCUAGAGGUUGCAGGGUUUGGGCUUCACAGAAAGUACAAGUCUCAAUUUGUGAAGUUAUUGAACAUAAUUUCGGGCAAGUUUGUAAGUGCACUUAAGAAGAAAAGGGAAGGAGGAGGAGGAGGAGGAGGAGGAGAAGAUGUGAAGAUGAGUAAGGUGGUGAGCAAUAUGGAGACCUACAUAGGGUCAAAAAAGUUCCUGGAGGAACCUGUUGGAAGGUCCUUCAAAACAACACUUGCCUCCCAUGAUUUUGUCCCUGAACUAGAGAAUCACAAUAAUUUCUAUGGUGGUCAUUCACAGAAUUAUAGUAAUAGUAAUAGUAGGUACUUUUACUAAAACAAAAAACUGUUGUGUGUUAUUUGUAGUGUCUGCUGCUGCACUAUGGUUAUUUUUUAGUAGUGGCGUUUAUGUUGUUUUUCUAUUAAAACAGGUUGCUGAGGCUUUGAGUUAGCUGCCGACCCCAAUUAUAUAACCCAAUUAUGUGGUGCGAAUAUUUGAUUGAAAUAGACCAUGCUUUCUUCUUCUUCUUCUU